UCAGACCCUACACUGGUGCAGUGGGUCCUGGGUUCCUCCUGGUGCAGUGGGUCCUGGGUUCCUCCUGGUGCGGUGGGUCCUGGGUUCCUCCUGGUUUGGUGGGUCCUGGGUUCCUCCUGGUGCGGUGGGUCCUGGGUUCCUCCUGGUGUGGUGGGUCCUGGGUUCCUCCUGGUGCGGUGGGUUCUGGGUUCCUCCUGGUGUAGUGGAUCCUGGGUUCCUCCUGGUGCAGUGGGUCCUGGGUUCUUCCUGGUGCAGUGGAUCCUGGGCUCCUCCUGGUGUAGUGGGCCCUGGGUUCCUCCUGGUUCAGUG